AUGGCCGAAGCGAUUGCAACCACCAUUUGUGAGAACGAGAGAAGCGUGUCAAAACUUUUGUUGGUCGCUUUCGCCGUGAUCGCAGCCGUGGCCGCUGAUGUCAGCCACCUGCCCUCUAACGAGUACCUUCCCCCUGUGCAGGAAGCUGCCCCAGUGCAGGUAGCUGCCCCCGUUAACGAGUACUUGCCACCCGUGCAGGCCGCUCCUAUCCAAGCUGCACCCGUUGAGGUAGCUCCAGCUCAUGAGCUCGCCGAUGAUGGUUACCGUUACAAGACCCAUCGUCGCGUCGUCUAUCGUCGCCACCGUCGUGAUGUGAACGAGCUGCCCUCCAACGAGUACCUGCCCCCAGUUCAGGAAUACGCUCAGGUCGCUGCCCCCAGCAACGAAUACCUAGCCCCUGCUGCCGAGACUGUCCUUGCUGAUGAUGGUUACCGUUACAAGACUCAGCGUCGUACUGUGAUCCGUCGCCACCGUCGUGAUGUCAGCCAUCUGCCCAGCAACGAGUACCUGCCCCCAGUUCAGGAAUCUGUAGCUGUCGCUGCUCCUUCCAACGAAUACUUGCCACCCGUGCAGGCCGCUCCCAUCCAGGCUGCCCCUAUCCAGGCUGCCCCCAUCCAGGCUGCUCCCAUCCAGGCUGCUCCUAUCCAAAUUUCUGCCCCAGUUGAGGCUGCCCCAGCUCAUGUACUCGCCGAUGAUGGUUACCGUUACAAGACCCACCGUCGUGUCGUCUAUCGUCGCCACCGUCGUGAUGUGAACGAGCUGCCCUCCAACGAGUACUUGCCUCCAGUUCAGGAAUACUCUGAGGUCGCCGCCCCCAGCAACGAAUACUUGGCCCCUGCUGCCGAGACCGUCCUUGCUGAUGAUGGUUACCGUUACAAGACUCAGCGCCGUGUUGUGAUUCGUCGCCACCGUCGUGAUGUCAGCCAUCUGCCCAGCAACGAGUACCUGCCCCCAGUUCAGGAAUCUGUAGCUGUCGCUGCUCCUUCCAACGAAUACUUGGCACCUGUCCAGACUGCUCCCAUCCAGGCUGCCCCCAUCCAGGCUGCUCCCAUCCAAAUUUCAGCCCCAGUUGAGGUUGCCCCAGCUCAUGAGUUGGCCGAUGAUGGUUACCGUUACAAGACCCAUCGUCGCGUCGUCUAUCGUCGCCACCGUCGUGAUGUGAACGAGCUGCCCUCCAACGAGUACCUGCCCCCAGUUCAGGAAUACGCUCAGGUCGCUGCCCCCAGCAACGAAUACCUAGCCCCUGCUGCCGAGACUGUCCUUGCUGAUGAUGGUUACCGUUACAAGACUCAGCGUCGUACUGUGAUCCGUCGCCACCGUCGUGAUGUCAGCCAUCUGCCCAGCAACGAGUACCUGCCCCCAGUUCAGGAAUCUGUAGCUGUCGCUGCUCCUUCCAACGAAUACUUGCCACCCGUGCAGGCCGCUCCCAUCCAGGCUGCUCCUAUCCAGGCUGCUCCCAUCCAGGCUGCUCCUAUCCAAAUUUCUGCCCCAGUUGAGGCUGCCCCAGCUCAUGUGCUCGCCGAUGAUGGUUACCGUUACAAGACCCACCGUCGUGUCGUCUAUCGUCGUCACCGUCGUGAUGUCAACGAGCUGCCUUCCAACGAGUACUUGCCCCCAGUUCAGGAAUACUCUGAGGUCGCCGUCCCCAGCAACGAAUACUUGGCUCCUCAGCAGUCUGCUGUUCUCGCCGAUGAUGGUUACCGUUACAAGACUCAGCGCCGUGUUGUGCUUCGUCGCCACGCUGCUGACGUCAGCCACCUCCCCAGCAACCAAUACUUGCCCCCUAACCGCCAUGUAGGCGCUGCAUCUGCUCCAGCCGCAUCGUAUGCUGCACCCAGCUACAGCACCGCCGCCUCUGACGUCGCACCAGCUCAUACCUUCUCUGCCAACGAUGGCUACCGCUACAAGAGCCGCCGUCGCGUUGUCCUGCGCCGUCACCGUCGUGGUGCUCCCUCCAGCGACUACUUGCCCCCCUUCCAGGGUGCCGCUUCUGCUCCAUCCAGCGAAUACUUGCCCCCAGCAGCUUCGGCCCCAGCUCCCAGCUAUGAGGCUGCACCAGUUGCUGAUUACUCUGCUGACUCAUACGACUCUGCUGCUUCUGCUCCAGCUGCCACCUACUCUGCUAACGAUGGCUACCGCUACAAGACCCAGCGUCGUCGCGUCAUCCGUCGCCGCAAGUACUAA